AUAUAUAUAUAGGGCGGCGCUGCAGCCGGGCUGAGCAGAGGCGGCUCGGGCUGUCGUGGGAGCGAAGGGGAAGGGUAGUGAAUGCCUAGCCUAGGUGGCGGGGUUUUCUUUGCACGGUCCGGCAUCCCCUCUGGCAAAGCCCGGAGAUUGUAUCCAGAGACGGGCUGCCCCUCCUUGCUCGCGGUAGGAAGGGAUCGCUGCUUUGGCUGAGCGCCGCUUGUUGCAUCGCGGGCGGUACGCGGCGCGCCUCGGUGCCCGAGGGGAGCUCUCCCUGUGCACACCAUGAAAGCGGUCAGUCCCGUCCGCCACCCCAGCAGGAAGGCGCAGGCUGGCUGCUGCGGCGGCGCUGGGGGAGGCGGCGGAGGAGGCGGCGGCGGCGGCGGCCAGCUGGCGCUGCGCUGCCUGGCCGAGCACGGCUGCAAGGGGGCCCCGUCGGGCGAGGAGCCGGCCUCGCUGUGCUUGCAGUGCGAUAUGAAUGACUGUUACAGCCGGCUCAGGAAGCUCGUGCCCACCAUCCCGCCCAACAAGAGGGUCAGCAAAGUGGAGAUCCUGCAGCACGUCAUCGACUACAUCCUCGACCUGCAGCUGGCUCUGGAGACGCACCCGGCUCUGCUCCGGCAGCAGCAACAGCCGCCGCCGCCGCUGCACCCGGGGACCUGUCCCGCGGUCACGCCCCGGACUCCGCUUACAGCCCUUAACACCGACCCGGCUGGCGCUGUUAACAAGCAGGGGGACAGUAUUUUGUGCCGCUGAACUGCACUGUCAAGGUGUGCAGCAGGCAGAUCCAGAGCCAGAGGAGCAGAGAAAGACACAUUAGAGAGGGAGGGGGAAAAGAAAUAUCAGCCAUCAAAUGAGAGGAAAAAAUAAUUCAACCCCAGAGUCCUUCCAUGCUUCCUUCUGAGAGAGAACCUUUCACCGUUUUGCACGUUCAUAGCAUUUUAAACAUGUUUUUUUUCUGUGCAUUUUAUAUCAGAUGUGAAUUUUAUGUUUAUUUUGGCGGGAGGAGAUUUAAACUUAAGCAGAAAAGUGUGACUCUUCUGUUGGAUAAAUCAAACUUUAGAAGUAUAACUGUAAGGGACCGAGCAGCUGAAUUUUGAAGCUUUACUAAUUUACCAGAGCAUUGUAGAUAUAUUUGACAUCUAUUGUUUAAAAUAGAUGAUUUUAUUGGGGCCCAGGGAACUUUCUUCUCCCUGCAGGAAUGUUACAUAUUGUAUAGAUAAAUGGGUGACAUUUCAUACUGUGUAUAUAUAGAGAUGUUCUAUAAGUGUAAGUGAGAAAAGUAUAUGCUUUAAUAGACUACUGUAAUUAUAAAAUAUUUUUAAUUAAAUAUUUUUUGUAAAUA